CGGUCAUGUGAUCCGCUGUGUCCAAUCACAGCUGAUCACAUGGGACAUGUACACUGAUCAUCAGGGCACUGAUGAUCAGUGUGCCCUGAUGAUCAGUGUAGCCCCAGCAGUGCCACCUGUCAGUGCCCAUCAAUGCCAGCUAUCAUUGCUCAUCAAUGCCACCUGCCAGUGCCCAUCAGUGCCUCAUCAAUGCAACAUAUCAGUGCCUACCAGUGCACAUCAAUGAUACAUAUCAGUGCCCAUCUGAGCUGCCUUUCAGUGUCACCUAUCAGUGCCAGUCAGUGCCACCUAUCAGUGCCAGUCAGUG